CGAACCGGUGCCCCUGGCCGUCCGGACGACUGUACGGGGCUUUACAAAUAAGGAUUUAAACAACACACAUUCAAAAUGAGAGCAUUCUGUUUAUUAGCCGCCCUUGCUGUGGCAACAGUAUGUGAAUCAGCAACACCACAACUACGCUUUGCGUGGAAGCAAGUUGACUACGCGUGGAGGACACCCGCUGAAAAGGAAAACGCAAUUAAAGAUGGGAAGUUCAUUCCAGAACACAAUCUGCCUUUAGGCUUAGCCAGGUGGAAGAAUAAAUUGUUCAUAACAGUACCAAAGUGGAAAAAUGGUGUCGCCUCUUCCUUGAAUUAUGUAGACGUAGAUGGUCCUCAAGAUCAGCCAUAUAAACCUUACCCAUCUUUCGAAGACAAUUUGGUUGCGGACAACAUUAAAGAAUUGCCAUCGAAUAAUACAAUCAUUUCUGUGUUCAGAGUACAUGUUGACCCGUGUGACAGAUUAUGGGUUCUAGACACAGGACUUGCAGAUAUUUGGGGAUCACCCAACCAAGUGAUCGGCCCGUCUAUCGUUGUUUUUGAUUUGAAUACCGAUCAGCUGAUUCAUCGCUAUUACUUCAAAUUAGAGGAUAUGAAGGAGGACUCGUUCUUUGCAAACAUUGUAGUGGACACUGACAAAGACUCUUGUGACAACGCUUUCGCGUACGUGCCGGACUUGGGCGCGUACGGCAUUGUGGUGUACAGCUUAAAGCAGGACGACUCCUGGAGGAUAACCCACCACUACUUCCACUUUGAACCCUUGUCCGGCUCCUACAACGUUGGCGGCGUGAACUUCCACUGGACCGAUGGUGUAUUCAGCUUAGCUCUGUCGGAACCUAGAGAAAAUGGAUUCCGAACAUUAUUUUUCCACGCCUUAUCCAGUACCAAAGAGUUCUGUGUGUCUACUGAGCUCCUCCGCAACUACACUCACAUAGAUAAAGAUGAGGCAUUCCAUGAUUUUAAGCUGUUGGGUGACCGAGGUGAACGCACUCAAUCAUCGGCGGGAGUCUACGACACCAAAACCGGCGUGCUAUUUUAUUCUCAGGUAAACCGUGACGGUGUCGGCUGUUGGAACUCGAAAAAGCCAUAUACUCCUGAGAAUAAUCCCCUCAUCAUCAGCGAUUCUGAGCUCCUAGAGUUCCCAAAUGAUUUGAAGAUGGACAGCGAGAGCAACCUUUGGAUCCUGAGUGACAAAAUGCCGCGGUUCUUGUACAAGAGCUUGGACCCCAACGAAGUCAACUACAGAAUAUUCAGUAUUAGCUCUAAGGAUGCGAUAGCUGGGUCCACUUGUGAAUAAAUUUAUAUAGUACCUACUGAGAUAGAUAUUUAAAAUACUGUACCAAGAUGUUAUAAUACACAUUUUCAAUAUCCAAUUUUGCAUUAACAAUUUUAAUUACCACCG